AUGGAAACGUCGCCUGAGAUGCAGUGGCUUCCAACCAAGAGAAUCAAGAUCUUCGGACGCCGAGUCCUGCGGAUGGCGAUCAAGAAUUAUCUCAGAAGCUUUAUUUUGAAGAAUCUGAACAUUUUCCAUGAGAGUGGAGUUGUUCUUAUCGCCCCAAACAAUGUCACCAUAAUCAAACAAGGGAAGAAUGAGACUAUUGUAGAGAAGGCGGCGGAGUGUUUUGAAACGUGGGGGACUUAUCUUUCACCCAGCCACGCUCGUGCUCCAAAUGCCCUUUGUGUUGUUCGCAAUCUUUACAGUUUCGAAUGUGUCCGUGAACGAUUUGUGACGAAACUGGACAAAAACAAGCUCAAGAGCCUCCCCAGGAAUUUGCUCACUACUCUGGACAACUUAACGGGGCUGUAUCUCGCCGAAAAUAAUCUCGAGUCUUUGCCUAAAGGGAUUUUCAGUAACGUGAGAAAGCUUCAGGUUCUUACUCUUUCCAAUAAUAGGAUUCCCGCUGUCACCAACGAAAACUUUAAUGACCUUCCAAAUUUGGUGAUUUUGUAUAUGCAUAAAAACGAAAUGUCUGAGCUUCCUAACGGGUUUUUCGAUGGAAUGAAGGACAUCAUGAAAGUGAUAGUGGACACCAAUCUUAUGUGCUGUCAUCUGACGAAAGAAGACGCCCAAUGGACCGCUUUAUACGACGACAGCUUCGCCAGUUGCGAGAGCAUGUUCCGAAACUCAGCCCCACGUAAAAGUAUCUGGGCAAUCGGAAUCCUUUCUUUGCUUGGUGCAGUGUUCGUGAUUGUGUGGCGCCUGAUCUUUAAAGAGAGAAACGUAGUCCAGCUUAUCAUGUUAAUGCACUUAGCGGUUGGGGAUGGCUUGAUGGGCGUUUAUCUGGUCACCUUGGGUGCCAAAGACCUGUUAUGGUCGGGAAGUUACUAUCUGCAUGACUUCCAGUGGCGAUCCGGUUUAUCGUGUCAGGUCACAGGCGCAAUCUCAGUGCUGUCCAGUGAGGUGUCUGUAAUGUUAUUGGCACUCAUCUCUGCCGACAGGCUGAAGAAUAUCGUUUUCCCCUACCGUGGAAGAGGGCUGACUCUCAGGAAGGCACACAUUCUGUGCGCAAUCAUUUGGGUCCUUGGUUUUGUUAUCGCAUUCCUUCCCCUCAGUGGUAUUGGCUACUUUUAUGACACCCUAAAGCGCCCUGCCUACUACGGAAGAUCCGUGGUGUGCCUCCCUAUGCAACUGUCUAAAAGUUUUCCAGCUGGUUGGGAGUUCUCCAUUGCUAUCUUUGUUGUGUUCAACUUCCUUCUCUUCCUGUUCAUGAUGGUAGCUUAUGUGGCAAUCUUCCUUAAAAGUUAUAACUCCAGCCGUCAGCUCGCAAGGAAGGGAACCAUACGGGAGGUGCAGGCAAAGAAAAAGAACUUAAGUGCUAGAAGGGAGAGAGCAUUGGCCAAGAGAGUCUUCUUCAUCAUCCUCACAGAUUGUGCUUGUUGGAUGCCGAUAAUCGUCAUCGGCAUCAAAUCUUUGGUUGAUAAAGAUUACAGUCCCCAAGGGGAUCUUGCUGCCUGGAUCGCUGUCUUUGUACUGCCAAUUAACUCAGCCUUGAAUCCGAUCAUCUACACCUUAUCAACCCGUCAGGUACAGGGCAUAUUACGACCUAAACUGCUCUUUUUUACAAACCGUGUGCGCAGCUUUUUCUCUUGUUGUAAAAAGCAACCAAGUCACCAAGUUGUUGUUGUUGUUGUCGUUGUUUCGCCGACAAGAAAAAUCUUGAAGACUCUUUUCACCCUCUAG